AUGGCGCUGUCUCCCAACCUCGCCGUCACAGAUUUCACGGACCUGAACCGGGCUCUGGAAGAAUUUCUUCAGCAGCUCAGUUCGACAGCUUCCCAGGAGGAGACCAAGAGGCAGGGGGCAGAAGCCCCUGGAACUGCCGUGGAGACGUCUUCGGUAGGCCUCCCUGAGGGCCAAGGCGAUUGUCCUCUGUCUUCUGACGACUUUGUGUCACUGCUGGAUGACCUGCUGGAGGGCUGGCCAGGACAGCAAGUCGCAGAGGACGAGGCAGGCAGCAGCGGCCCUUUCGCCCCCCUGGAGCAAGGCCCAUCCUCGGUCACCACCGAGAUGCAGACCUCCGAGCCACUGCCCGCCAGGGACGCUGCCGCGCCGGCUGCACUGCCCGCUCCGCUGCCUGCCGCUGCUGAAGAGGUCGAAGGCAGAAGCGAUGCUGGCGGGCCGGCCAACAGCAAGCGGAGGCCGUGGGUCCGCUUUUCGCCUUACCAACGCCGAGCCUUGACCGCCCGCUUCAAGGCCAAUAGAAACGUCUCGGCCGAUGAGGUAGAAGCCCUGGCGGCUCAGCUGGGCCUCUCCGCUAGCCAGGUGCGAAACUGGUUCCGAAACGAGAGGAAGAAAUACAACAAGUGGUUUGCUCACUUGCUGGAUGCAGGGCCUGGAGCCGACCCAAAGACGCUGCAUGCCCUGACGCAAGGCAUGUCCUCCAGAACUGGCGCGGGCUCCAUGGCCCAACGACUUCUGAACAACUAG